CGCAUGCGCAGUGCCUCGGGGGCGUUGCCAUUGUGAGUGCAGAAGCGGCACGUGAAGGUCGAGCGGGGGAUCUCUUCUGGCCCUGCUCCUCCUGACUGGCUUCCCUCGGGGUCCGGCAUGGACCCUUCCUCGGCGGCGGCGGACCUGGGGGCGGCCGUGAACGACCCGCAGCUGCAGCACUUCAUUGAGGUGGAGACGCAGAAGCAGCGCUUCCAGCAACUGGUCCACCAAAUGACGGAGCUCUGCUGGGUGAGCCCUUGGCCUCGGCUCCGCAGCUGCCCUGCCUCAGGGCGAGGGAUGCUGGGAAAUGGAGUUUUGUCAGGAGAAAUGCAUGGACAAACCUGGCCCAAAGCUGGACAGCAGAGCAGAGACCUGCUUUGUGAACUGUGUGGAACGCUUCAUUGAUACCAGUCAGUUUAUCCUCAACCGGUUGGAACAGACACAGAAGUCCAAAUCAGCCUUCUCUGAAAACCUCUCUGACUGAACUGGAUGCUGUUUUCUUCAUUAAAGAGGAAACAGUUUAUGGGAUGGGAGAGGAGGCGGCGGAAAGAGCAGAGGAAAGGAUCACUGGUGAUACGCUAUGUAAGAGGUCAGCCUCCGCAUUUGAGACGGACUUCUAGCCAUCUUGCUCAAUUCCAGUUUUAAAUUCCUGUCUUAUGAACAUCAGCAGACAGAGGAGGCCAUGCAACAUCACAUCCUUGCUGCUUAACAUGGGCUCAUGCCGCCCCAGGUUUUUUUUUAAUUAAAUUGUUUCUGUUUCGGAUAAUGGGAGCUUUACACCAGAAUUGUGGCUUGAACAGCUUGCUUUCCAAAGGCGACUAGGGAAGCAUGUCUGUUUAUACUUAAGAACGUUCUUCUAUUUGAGAUAGAAGAAUCUGGAAAGCUUCAGACACUAAUGUGAAUUCUGGGGAAAUCGGGGUGCAAAUGUGCCUUUAAAAUGGUACUGUGAUUUAGCACUGUUAGUUUAAGCAGUAUGAAUUGCUUGCCUGUCGCUUGCUUGAAUAUGCAGCUGAGUUGACUUUUGUAAACUGUAACUAGACGUUGCAGUUGGACAGAGGAAGACACUCAGUUUAGAGGAAUGUGCCAGUAAAUACCUGUUGUCAUUAACAAGGUGCUUUUUUCAAACUCUUCUUAACAUAGCAAGAAAGAAAUAUACCCCAGGGCAUGUGGCUGUUGGGAAGGAAUGUCACAAUGUGGUUAUGUAAGUGUUUCACUUAAUAAGUCCAAAAGGCAAUCUCGGGUUUCUCCAUUAACUCCUUUCCUCUUGAUCAGUGGAAUAAAAUCAACUGGACCCAUUUUA